AUGAGGCUGGAGCGGUCCUUGCCUCUCCUGGGACUCCUGCUGUGUGGGGUUGGCACCGCAGCUCAGCAGGACGAUUACGAAGAACAGGCAGAAUUCCUGGUGGAGAUUUCCGGAACCACAGUGACAAUCACGUGUCCCUUGACUGAAGACAACAUAGUCUGGGAGGUAACUGGGACAAGACUACCCUUCCAAGAGAGAAAGUACGUUAUAGAGAAUCACGACAGCUCUCCUGUCAACGUGAGUUGUUCGGCAGACGGUAAGAAGCGGCAUGAAAUGUACCUGAAAGCCAGAGUCUGCGCGAACUGUGAGGAGCUGGAUGCCUUGGCAGUGACGGGGAUCAUCACUGCGGAUCUCCUCAUCACCUUUGGGGUGCUGAUUCUGGUCUAUUACUUCAGCAAAGACAGGAAAGGGAGAGCGAGCGCUAGUGCUGGCAGUCGGCCACGAGGUCAGAAGAUGCAGCGUCCUCCCCCUGUGCCAAACCCGGACUAUGAGCCCAUCCGGAAAGGCCAGCGGGACGUCUAUGCAGGCCUGGAAUCCCGGGGCUUCUAA